AUGUCGGUGCCAGCUGACUCCACGCUCCCUCUGGCUGCACAGGGACAAGGCAAGAGACGGGUGGGCACUUCACCUGGGCACAGUGGCCUGUCCAGACCCGUGACAGCAGGGGGGUCAGACAGCGGCCCCUGGGCGGCUGUCCUGAAGGAGCACCCUGCUCCCGGCAGCACCUCUCCGGGCAUCUCGAGUGAGCCACAGGCCACCAUUGUGGCUUCCCCACUCGCUCCUGGGGACCAGGCUGCUGCGAGUGCUAGGGCAGGGCUCUUCGUGGACUGUCCCGGUUCCUCCAAGAUAAGGGCCGGAGUGGGAUCGCUGGGUGGCGCACCGGGCUCCCCUGAGGAGGAUGGGGAGUGGACGGGCGAGUGUCCCGGACCACUUCUGUCGGUGGGGGCGGCGGGCGGCGCGCCGGCGGCGGAACCCGGCUUUGCUUCUCCGCCCCAGAGGCGCCGACGCGCGGCGCGCCAGGCAGCAGCCAGCUCUCCCUUCGCUCUGACUCGGAGCGCUAGUCCGGGUACUGCCAGCCGCCGCGACGCCGGGACCGGGCCUCCGCCGGCCCCGCCUCUGUCCCCGCCCACACGCGCCACCGGCGCCUCCCGGAAGCUCCGCCCGCCUAGCAAGCUCCGGCCGCGCUUCCGUCCCGGCCUAGGCCGGUUAGAUCUGGUUCCGUCGCGUGGGUUUGACGCCUGCGCAGUGUGUGGGGUGGGCGGACAUGCGCAGUGCGCGGGGGCUGCAGGCGCGUUGGGGCCCGGUCGGGCCGCCGAGGGGUGCGAGGGCUUCGUGGGCUUUCUCGGUGCCGUUCGUGUUCUGAGCAGAGCUGACAGCCCGCGGCGCGGAGGUCAGUGCCCCGACACUGGAGGGACCCGGGCCAAGGGCGGGGAUGGGAGCCGCCGGGGAGCCCGGCCCUCCGUCCCGCGAGGCCCGCAGCCUCCUGCUCGGCGGGGUCGUCGGGGAGGCGCCGCUGCCGCCCGGGUCGGGGUCUUCCGGUCCGGCCCCACAGGCGGUCGUUGGAUCGCGCGGAGCAGGCCGAGCAGACAUGGCGCUGCUCCGGCCUCGCCCUGGGCUCCGGCAGCGCGCCCCAAGCCGGCCGCCCCUUCCCGGCGGCGCCACCGGCAGCCGCCCCAGGGGUUGGCUUGCGCGGCCGUGCUGUGCGGGGGCGGCCCACGGGGAGGCCCCGCCGGCAGCCGCAGUGCCCCACGUGUCCCGGCUCGUGUGAGCGGGGGUGGCGUGUGUCUGCGGCCCGCGCAUGCUCCCGCGUUGUUGCCAGGAGACAAACCUGAGCCCUGGCGGGUUCCCCACGCGACGGGCUGCUUUGAAGGGCCGGUGAGCAAGCUGACGGUGGCACGCCGCGAGCAGGGUCAGCAGGCGGCGCUGGACCCUCAGGGUGCUGGUACCCGCCCUGUGUGCGGCUCCGGCCUUUCGGGGCCUGGCAGGGCCGGUAGGGGGCUGCGCGGGCCCGGGUGUGCGAGUCUCCUUUUGGCGUUUGCACCGUGCACCCCGAGGUCAGGAGUGGUUUUUCUCUCCGAGGGAGGCGCUGUCCACCGUCUCCGCCGGGGCGGGCCCUCAGCCGGGCUCCGCGCCCUAAAGCGGGCAGGCGUUUGUACUUGUAGUUUUGUGAUACGUCGUUCAGACUGCAAGCGUCUGAUUCUCAUAAAACAGCAGGACCGACAGCUGGCUUCUCACCGGCUGUUUAGAAGCGACUCCCGCGUGUGGGACGUGAUUCCUGACCCGACCAGCGUGCUACGUGGCUGGCUGCCAGCUCGGCCUCCUGCGCUAAAGGCGGGGCAGCCUUGGGUCCUGCUCGGUCACCCAGGCAGGAUGGAGCGGCCGAGGCUAGAACUGGACCGGGGUGCGCACCGGAGCCCUGCUGAACUGCAGCUGUCACCGCCCUGGACAUCAUGGCUACUCCUCCGGGAUCUCUCCGCCCGUCGUCCUCCAAGAGGAAGCACGCUGUCCGGGGCAGUCCUGGUGCGCACCGGCCAUGGGGCACGCAGCCUGUGGGACUGA